AUGAGCGACGAGCCUUCCCGUCCAACCGUCUCCGACGACGAGGUUGUAGGUCUCGCCAGAGAAGCUAUCGAAUCUGCGCGAGAGGAGACGCGACGGGUGGACGAAGAAGAGACACCGAAAGACUUGCAAAAACCCGGCAUCACAAUCGAUUUGGGUCACAAAGGCAUUUCGCGUCUACCAGAGGAGACUUGCUCUGUCGCACAACCAUUUGUCCGUGCUCCCUACCAGGCUGUCAGAAUGUCAUCGUCUGCGGUGUUGCAACUCUUCUCACUGGAGAUUCUCGACGUCAGCAAAAAUAGAAUAAAAGUCUUACCAGACGAGAUCGCCAACCUUACCUCCCUCAAAGUUUUAGCCAUCCAGAGAAAUAAAAUUGAAAAAUUACCGUUGUGCCUGGGCGAGAUAGGAAGCUUGCAGGUCUUGAAGCUCGACGGCAAUCCUAUAACGUUUCCGCCACACGAUAUAUGUACAAUCAAGAAAGAUGCCCCUGCACCCUCGAAUGAGAACGAAAAGGACGCCGUCAUAACCACACAGGUCAAGAGGUACCUGAGGCAAAUUGCAACUCGUGAAAGACUACGCAUUGAGUCAGAGGGAGAUUCAAGCGAAAGUACUGUCGAUACUCCCCGACCUGCAAAGCGGAUGAUGAGCGGUAGAUUUCCCGUCAAACCAAGCAUAAGUGGGCUAGACGUUUUUGACGCACUAUCCAAGCCAGAAUCACCAGGCAUGCCUCCAUACCAUAUCGUGCGAUCCCAUUACCGUGGCCAGUCACAGCAGAGCACCAACGGCCGAAGACCUAUCAUAUCUCCGCUCGCAACAAGCAACGAACGGAAUCGAAGCUCGAGCGAGGGUGCAAAUUCGGCGACGAUUCGUGCAAAGCGGGGAGGAUUGAUUAUCAAAAAUGUGUCUGAACUUGGAAACGUUGACGAAGUACGGAAGCAAACCGCCGAUCACUCUCGAACUUCAAGUCAAAGCUCUGCGAUGUCACUUUCUGGUAGCACAUUACCUGGCUCUGCUGUGCUUUCUGCAAACUCUAGCUUCUCGUCUAUGGACGGUGCCUCCCAGCGAACAAUCACCCACAGGCCUCUAUCCGACUUACUAGAACAUAAAAGAAGAUCUCGUGCACCGGACGUCGUCGUUGAAGCCUCCAAGACCGUGUUGUACGCAAUAUCCCAACUUCACGCACCAGUAGUGCAAAUCACACGCAAUCUCAAGUUUUCAAGAGCAGACAAUGGACUUGAAAGACAGAUGCAUCUAAACAGGCGAUUAAAAGACGCCGAUGGGCGAAUACGUGAGCUAGGUGCACAUCUCCAACAAUUUGAUACCCUUGCAGAAGAGGACGACGACGACGCAACAAACCUCUCGGCCAAGAUUCGCACAUAUUUGAUCGACAGCAUACAGAAGUACAUGUUGCUGUUUGUAUCAAUAUAUGACAGUGCAAAGGAGAUCUAUCAAAGCUCUGACCCUCGACUACUUCGGACUGUGAUGCUGUUGAUUCAGGGUAGUACUGCUGAAAUACGCAACGCAUGCUCUGUGCUUGGGGCGAAUCUGGAAUCUAUGAUGCAACCUCCUAUACGAUAUAGCAACCAGACAGUUACUAGCAAACGUGGCUCAUCUUCAAAUGUGGCAUCCAUGGAGCGAGACAUACCACGACGGAGGACCAACAAUGGUAGCUACGACGCCUAUCCAACUUCUACACUUCAGCCAGGGUCUGUGCAUGGAUACAAUCAUAGUCGAACCAAUACACGAAGCAUUGACCGCGGCGUAACGCCACGGUCUGGAGAAUCGUUCGCAGCACUCAGUACCAGGAAUACCGCAUAUCAGAAUGAUCAUGAAGCAAACGAGGAAACAUCCUUCGAAAAGAUCUUUCUGAAGCUCAAAACAGCUACAGAGAGGAUCACAAGAAUUCUGCCUAACUACCGACAUCUAUUUCACAAGCAUAGGAUAGCCUCGGAAUCCGAAAUGAUACCGCCUGUUGCGAAAAUUCGUGUCUUGGCUGAGCUCGUCCAGAAAAGCGAUGACAUCCUGUCCGUGACUGACAUGCUCAACCGCCGAAUGUCAGCCAUUAAACUUAGGGAUGUGCUCGCUCGUAACCAACCAGACUUCUGGCAACAGGCUACUGGGUUCUGCAAGAUGUGGGGAGAUUUCGCUACUCUUGUUGUCGAAAAUGCCCAUGUGGCCACAAUCCCUGAUCUCCGCCGUACUCUGAAGCCCAUUCAUAAGGCCGUAAAGGACGUUUCCAUGGAAAUCAACGCCUCUCCUUGGUCCCGCAUGACCCCGCAAACUGCUCAACUCCUCCCUGCCCCCGAAAUCUCCAUCAAUAACAACACCAUGGGCAGCUCAGCUAGCUCACAUCUCACAGCCCCUAUCUCCCGCCCCGGAACAAGUGUCUCUCUCGCGUCAAACGGCACAAGUAGAUUUAUGCCGGCCCCUAAUCCAAUAAAUACGACAAUAGCAACUAAUCAUGCCCCUGUUCAUCAUAAUGGGUUACAGACGGGCACGGUCACACCGGUGCCUGCGACGCCGUUGAGUGCGGCGCUGGGCGCGGCUGUACAGGCUACGGUGCCCAACGGUGCGCAGGCUUUGGGUAUGAGUGCGCCAAACAACAGUGCGUCCAUUAUUCCGACGUUGCCGAUGCAGGCCGGGUUUCCAGGGACGAGUUUGGUAUUUGAACGGGCGGAUCGACUGCUGAGUAACACGCAGCGGAGGGUAUAGGGGUGGGGGAAUAUUUUGGUUAUAUGGCGCUUUGGAUGAGCUUGGGAAUUAGGAUUAAUGUCUGAUUAUUUGUAUUAUACGGGGAAACUGGAGUGGCAAUGGCGCUGGUCGCGCCGCUCUAAUUGAGUCAGACGCACGAGUGUACGUAGGGUCGAUGGACAUGAGUAGGACGAGUCAACUAAGGUCUUUCGAUCUGCACA